AUGUCAACAACCACUUCCCGAAUGCUCCCAGUCGGCUUGAAGCCAUCCGAAUAUGCGAUUCCACUCUCUAGCAUGCCAGAAAACUGGAAAGAGCUCGCGCCGUUUCCGCCAGCACGUGAACGCACGCAAACAUAUGCGCACCAAGAUGCACUCCCGCAUCUGCCUGUCCCGCCACUCGCACAGACGCUUGACAAGCUCAAGAAGAGCUUGCAUGCGAUGAAGAUGAGUGAGGAGGAGAUGAAAGAGGCCGAGCGAAAGAUUGAUGCGUUUGGUGCCCCCGGCGGUGUCGGCGAAGUGUUACAAAAGCGAUUGGAAGAGAGGAGAGAGAUGGAAGAACGAAAGGGUGGAAGGGGUCAUUGGUUGGAGGCGUGGUGGGAUGAUCUGGCAUACAUGGGCUACCGGGACUCGGUCGUCAUCAACGUUUCAUACUUUUAUGGCUUUGACUUACCGCCGAAUACGCCUACACCUCUCGCAGUGAACAAUGUCGACCCAAGCACGCCAACACCUUUUGCAUUGCACAGGGCCGCAUCUACCGCUCGUGGUGCGCUGCUCUUCCGACAGCAACUCCUCACUGGCCAAAUCGAACCAGAUGCGACAAAGGCAGGACCAAUGUGCAUGGACUCGUGGCGCUGGAUGUUUGAUAGCUGUCGUAUCCCACACAAGCCAUCUGAUUACGCCCUCUCUUUCGCUCCUUCUUCGCGUGAUGCAGAUAUCGGCGUCGAUGGACACUUUAUCGUCGUUCGCAAGAACCGAUUCUGGAAGGUGGUCAACACGGUGCAGGAUGCCAAUGGGAAGAAGCGACUACUAUCUACGGAGGAGAUACAGAAACAACUCGAGUAUAUCGUCUCGCAAACGACAGAGCGCAAGCAAGCCGUUGGCAACUUGACAGCAAGCGACCGAGAUAACUGGGCAGAUGACUAUAUUAUUCUAGCCGGAAUCUCUGAGAAUAACAAGGGAGUGUUGCACGACAUUCACUCCGCGGCAUUUGUCGUCUGUCUCGACGACACGUCUCCGACGCCUUCACAAAGCCCCUUUAAAGUGACCCCGACGUCCAUCAUGAAGAACGGAGACUCGACCUCGACCGUCUCUGGUGCGGAUCCUGUCUCGUUUAGCCGCUGGCUGUGGCACGGUGGCUUGGCCGGCGAGAGUAAUCAACUGGGGAACAGGUGGAUGGACAAGGCCGUCCAGUUCAUCGUGGCACCCAAUGGAGAGAUGGGCAUCCUCGGCGAGCAUUCGACAAUGGACGGUACCCCCACGACGCGAAUGUGCGACCAGGUCCUCGAUGCAAUCUACUCGCCCACAUUUGAUCAUGGUGUUGCGUCGGCUUCUUCGAUUAUCCCUGAAGCCCUCGACUUUGAUAUUUCACCCGAGCUGGAGAAGCGAAUUUCGGAAGCGAAGAAGAGGAGUGAUGAGCUCGUGUCGAGUCAAAUCUUGACCUACUACUUGACAGAAUAUGGAAAGCAAGAGAUCAAGACGUAUGGGAUUGGGCCAGACAGUUGGACGCAGAUGGUCGUCCAGUUGGCAUAUGAUCGAUGGUGUCGCAAGCAUGGUAAAGCCCUCGGCUCAAGGGAACUGGCGGGACAAGCUAUUCGGGUCGUCUCGAAUCCUGUUCGACGAUGGAUUGAAUCCAUGUCUGCACCCUCGUCUUCCAACGAGGACAAGAAACGCUUGCUUUCAGAGGCGGCCAAACAGCACAUUUACGACGCAAAGGAUGCAGGAAAUGGUAUGGGUAUCGAUAGGCACUUGCUCGGUUUGCGACUGCUAGUUCAAGAGUCUGAUGGAGCUAAAGCCCUCGAGCUCUUUGAUGACCCGCUCUUCCAACGCGCAAAGAAAUGGGUACUCUCAACCUCUGCAAUCUUUUCCAAGCAUUUCCCCGUCUACGGAUGGGGAGAGGUGGUCCCUGACGGAUUCGGUGUGGCGUACAUGACGGGCUAUGAUGACCGCCUUCAAUUCACCAUUACGUCCCGAAAGGAAAUGGACAAUGAGGGCUUUAUUCGCGAGAUUGAGCGUGCAUCAGAUGAUAUGCGCGCCCUCUUCCGAUCGCAAGAUAUCCCUAGUCCAAAGAUGUAA